UCAUCAACGCGUUGGUAUAUAUACUUAAAACUGUACAAUCACUGAACUUCAUAAGCAAAUAGCAACAGUAUUAAGUAACCAUAAUGACUGUGGCAUCUCCCAAAAAUACUGGCGAACAAGCCUAUCUUGACUUAUGUGAACGGAUUAUAAAUGAGGGAGAAUUUCGUCCUGAUAGAACUGGAACUGGUACUAAAUCAUUAUUUGCACCACCUCAAUUAAGAUUUGAUCUCUCUAAUGAUACUUUCCCAUUAUUAACUACUAAGAAAGUCUUUUCUAAGGGGAUUAUUCAUGAACUUUUAUGGUUUGUAGCAGGAAGUACUGAUGCAAAAGUUUUAAGUGAUAAAGGAGUUAAGAUUUGGGAAGGAAAUGGAUCAAGAGAAUUUCUUGAUAAAUUAGGUUUAACUCAUCGUAGAGAAGGUGAUUUAGGUCCAGUAUAUGGAUUUCAAUGGAGACAUUUUGGAGCAGAAUAUAUUGAUUGUGAUACAGAUUAUACAGGUCAAGGAUUUGAUCAAUUACAAGAUGUUAUUAAAAAAUUAAAGACAAAUCCUUAUGAUAGAAGAAUAAUUAUGUCAGCAUGGAAUCCACCAGAUUUUGCAAAAAUGGCUUUACCACCUUGUCAUGUAUUUUGUCAAUUUUAUGUAAGUUUCCCAAGUGAACAAUCUCCUGAACCAAAUACUUCAAAACAAUCAAAAUCUUCUUCAAGACCAAAAUUAUCAUGUUUAUUAUAUCAACGGUCUUGUGAUAUGGGAUUAGGUGUACCAUUUAAUAUUGCAUCUUAUGCUUUAUUAACUAAAAUGAUAGCUCAUAUUGUUGAUAUGGAUUGUGGUGAAUUCAUUCAUACUUUAGGUGAUGCUCAUGUAUAUUUAGAUCAUGUUGAACCACUUAAAGAACAAAUUACAAGAAUUCCAGGAACUUUCCCUAAAUUAAUUAUUAAAGAAGAAAGAAGAGAUGAAAUUAAAUCUAUUGAUGAUUUCAAAUUUGAAGAUUUCGAAAUUGUCGAUUAUAAUCCUCAAUCAGUUAUUAAAAUGAAAAUGAGUGUUUAAAUUGUUUUAAACUAUGUAUAUUAGAA